UAGCGAUUUAGUACUACUAGCGAAAUGGAAUAGUUAGUUAGUUUCUACUUUAUAACCACUACUAGUAUAAAGUUAUAGUCAACACGUAAACCGUUAGGUUCACACUUCACACCAGUAACAUCAGUGUAUAAAUCUUAGUUGUCAAUAAACCUUAUUAAGAUCAGUACAAUUUCAUCACCAGAGUUGAAGAAAGUUUGUUCUUCUUCUUCAUUUUUUCUUUCCCCAGAAAGAUUGAAUUGUGAAAAAGAUGAAGGUUAACGUUACGACAUGUUUUAUGAUAUUCAUUCUGAUGCAUGAAUUGUGGUUUGCUUGUGCGGCCGUACCAUUGACAAGGAACCACAACAUCUUGCUGUGGGGGACUUCUGAUGGUGAACUUAAUCUGAACGGCGCCGCCGGUGGCAAAGAAGGAUCCGUAUCGAGGUCGAGCACAUCCCCACCACCAUCACCAAGGCUCAAUCCUUCUACUCAUUUUAAAAGGGUCCCUCCGGGGCCACAACCUGCCUCAUCCCCAUCGUCGCCGCCGUCAUCUUCUCCCGAUCCCUGUUAUCGUCGUCAUCUUGGCUGCAUCCGCCCACAUAAUAAUAUUGACGAUUUCUAACUAAUAUGUAGUAACAUAUUAAUUCUAUCAGAACGAGAGGCAGAUUAAAUCAAUCUUUUAAAUACGUAGUGACAAAUUCGAUGUGUGAUUGGAUAUAUCAAUUUCCGUCCUUCCUUUCACAAAGAUUUGAACAGCGUAUUUUUCUGCGCAAUCUGCAGUGUGUAAUGAUAUUAGGAAUUUACUUUCAAACUUUCCUCCAUGCAGGCUCUAAAUUAGCACUAAUUAAUAAAGCUUAUUCCAUAUGACUCAACGUACGUACUUGUGGAUCUGGU